AUGGACGUGACCAAAUUCCCCCUCCCGACUGGUUUAAAGAAACAACUUGACAUCAUUCGAGCAAAAAGAGCGUUUGACCCGGCUGAUUGGGUUGAGAAGAAAUGCACCAUGUUAAACGACUACUUCAAAAAGUGUGGCUUGAAAGGGAUUAUUUUGAACUGUUCUGGUGGAAUUGAUUCCUCAGUGACUGCGGCGUUAUGUGUGCAUGCGUCAAAGAUGCCGGAGAGUCCAAUUCAAAAAGUUCUCUGCUUAGCUCAGCCGAUCCACUCGACUCAAAACAUUCAAAACAAGGCCUUCAUCAUUUGUGAAUUUUUGGGUAUUGAAAUCAAGACAAUCGACCAAACAAAAGUCUUUGACGAUUUACACGCACUUGUCGAAUCCUCUGUUGGGAUGAAAGGAAAUCAAUUUGCUGAUGGACAGCUCAGAAGUUACAUGAGAACACCAACAGCGUAUUACGUCGCUCAGUUAAUGAGUGCGGCAAAGAUCCCAAGUAUCGUUAUGGGGACUGGCAAUUUCGACGAGGACGGGUACAUCCUUUAUUACUGCAAAGCCGGCGACGGAUUGGUCGACUUAAGUUUGAUCUCCGAUUUACACAAGAGUGAAGUAUAUAAAGUCGGCGCUUAUCUUAAAUUGCCAGAAGUCAUAUUGGGUGCUGUUCCUUCUGCAGAUCUUUGGGUCGGACAAACAGACGAGGACGAGUUAGGCUUUUCUUAUCAAUUCGUCGAGUUGUUCACAGAGUACCUUUUAAUGAAAGAAGAAGACCAGAAAACAUUCAUUGAAGCUCUUGACAAAGAAGGUAAAGACGAAUUUGAAAGAUGGGGCGCAAUGGCAAGAAGAGUCCAUAAUAGAAACUCACAUAAGAGAUUUAUACCAAGGACUUUCCCUGUGUAUCCACACAUGGAUGAUAUCUUGAAGGUUUAA